AAAAAAAAUUAAAAAUUGAAAGGUCGGUUGUUUUUUUAUGGGAAGUAUGGAUGGAAAAUCUCGGAUAUGGGCAAAAAUAUUUCGGCCUCACCGUCCUACUCCGAAAUAACCGAUAUUUUUCCGCACGGAAAUGUCUCCGGUUAACCUGAGGGAGUGUAUGGAAGAAAUGGUGAAGUACACUCUGGAGUCUCACAUAAACGGAACCCUUGAAUUCGAUCUAGGACUCUCCAACUCCUUCUGCUCCGACCUACUCAAACUCGAUCCCAACACCACCACUACCGAAUCUGUUGAAGGAGAUCCUCCAUAUCCCUUAUACAAGCAUCUAGCAGCAGCUUUAUUAGAAUCAAUCAAUUCUAAAACCUUUUGUAGGACACAGAGCAGUUUGAAGUUUAUCCCAGAAGGAAGCUCCUUGAAGCAGGAAGAAAAUGAAUGGCAAAAGCUGGUUUUGGAAAAGGGAUCCGAAAUUGUGAAUAUUUUGAAGUCUGUUGUCCAUGAACUUCAUGUUCAGGAGCCUUUCUUUUCGCAGCUAAAAGAUGGCAAGAAAACAAUUGAAGGAAGGUGUGCCGUUGGUGACUACAAUAGAAUUGGUUCAGGAACUUUGAUUCUUUUCAACAAACGUGUGGUCCUUGAAGUUCAGGAUGUCCACCGGUAUGCUUCGUUCUCUGAAAUGUUGGGGGCAGAGAGUCUUGCAAAGGUUCUUCCUGGAGUUGAAACCAUUGAAGAAGGUGUACAAAUCUACAGGAAGUUCUACACAGAAGAGAAAGAAAAGACAAAUGGCGUUCUUGCAAUCCAUGUUUCGAAAGUGGAUGUUCAGCCUUACACUUCUCUGGCGACCCUAAUCUCUGUAUUGAGUUAUGGGGGUGUUCAAGGCCUUCUUGGUCUGACACACACCACAGGGACUAUUCCAAAUGCACUUUCCCCACCAAGAUGAAUUUUGCUAUCAUCAUUUACCCUUCUAUGUAAGCCCAACGUAAGAUGGUGACUUUUAAUUAAUUGCCUGUCUUUUGCACUGCAAGCAGAAGACUUAAUUUAUGCCUUGUUAGGAACCGCUUUCUCUGUUAUACAUUUUGGAACUGCUUAGCUUAAAUUUUUGACAUCUAAAUCAUCAAGUCAAAUGAAGAAAAGCUCUUUUAUUUUAUUUUUAUUUUUUAUUUUUUUUAAUGAGGAAGCCACCUUUCAGCAGCUAUGCAGUUAAGCUAUAAAAGAGGAUCAAUCUUAUCUGUAAGGGAAAAUAAGAAGCCCUGCCUUGUCUGCACCGCACACUCAGGCACCUAAGUUGUGACCAAUCAUUUAAUAAGUUUCAUUUUGAAAAUUCAUAACAAAAUGGGUUAAAUUGAAAAUUAUAAGCAUUGGUGAUUUAGUUCUUAAACAAGAAUGGGUGGGACCCAUGACCCUGAAAUUUCUCUCUCGCUCUCCCCCCCCCCCCACCUUUUCUUCUUUUUAUCGUGUAUGUAAAUUGAAUUUUUAUGAAAGAUUUUUGAAAGUACAGUAACCAGCAAUUAACUCCUGAAACCUAAUAGCUUCUAAGGGAGAGCUUCUUAGGCAAUUGCAGCACUUGAAACAGCUUAUCUAAUUGCAGAUGAAAGUACAAUUACACUGCAGAACUUGAAAGUACAAUUAUACUGAAAGUACAAUUAUCUAA